AUGAAUCCCGCUAGUGCCGCCCUGGCCAUGGCUGUCAACUGCCUCACAGACAUGGCUCUGCUUGAGCAGCAGCAGCACCACGACUUCGCCUGCUAUUCAUCGCUGCAUCAACACGAACAGGCCAAGCCUUCAUCGUACGGGGUGCCUCUGUCAGACGGAUGCCCAACACCUGUGUCAAGCCCAGCGACAUUGCCGCCCUGCUCGCCCGACUCCGAGAGCCCCGCGAGUCUCACAGAGCUUUGUCCGAUACCGCGGGCGCGUGUGAGCGGACACCUUGACUCCGUGCUGCCGUUCAGGGGACCCACAAGGGAUGAAGGCGAGUCUGACGAGUUCGACUCUGAUGCAGAAAAUGGAAGUGAUUAUUCCUCCCAAGGCUGCAAGAGCACUUCACCCUUCGGGAAAGGGUCCAGCAGCAAGAGAAAGCCCUCGGACAAGGCUCCGCCAUCUCAAGUUGUCCUCAAGAAGCGGCGACUCGCCGCUAACGCUCGAGAACGGCGUCGAAUGCACUCGCUCAACGUUGCCUUCGACAGGCUGAGGGAGGUGGUGCCGUCGCUAGGAAAUGACCGAAAGCUCUCCAAGUUCGAAACACUCCAGAUGGCACAAAGCUACAUCAACGCGCUCAGCGAACUCCUUCUCAGACAGUGA